AUGUCUGAAAUAACAACUUCGUCGACUGAAGCCUUGCAUACCGAACUCAUUCCAGAAGAGUCGUCUAUCCAGAGUUCUGAGGCUGCCAAACAACUUGAUAGCUGGCGAUUCACUGUACGAGCAGGAAUUCUCGUCUCGAUUCUUGUCGCACUGACAAACUUGGGCUGUUUGACAUGGGCAUCGACCCUUCAUACUGAUGAAGGGUCUGCAACUGUUUUCGAAGGCUCUUGUACUGAAAUGAAGAGAAUAACCUUUUGGGUUGACCUCGCAAUCAAUACCCUCUCUACACUCUUGCUCGGAGCCAGCAACAAUUGCGCUCAGCUUCUUGUUGCACCUACCAGGAAAGACAUCGACGAUGCUCAUGCUGCUGGUCGGUAUCUUGACGUGGGCGUAUCUUCUCUACGUAACAUCCGGGCUGUGAGUCGCUGGCGCCAGUGGCUUUGUGCUUGCUUGUUCCUGAGUUCGGUACCUUUGCAUCUUCUCUAUAACUCGGUAGUUUUCUCGACGCUAUCUGCGAGCAACUACAUGGCAGCAGUAGUCACCAACGACUUCCUAGAAGGAGCAGCUUGGAACACUAGCACACUCGGCUUCAUGGAAACAGACGCUACAGGGCAAAGACAACUAGCGCGUUUGCAGAACAACACAGAUCGUUUGAAGAAAUUAGAUGACGAAGACUGCAUCCGAGCAUAUGGCACCAAUCUUCUUGAAUCUGACUGGAAGAAUGUCUUAGUCGUAUCGAAUGCUAAUGUCACAGCACCUUUGAUCACAGCGUAUUACCACCGUGCUGAUAAACUGAUUGACGACCUGGGUUGGAUAUGUGGAAGCCCAGGGAGCAACACGUGCGAUACUAAGUCUAUGCUCUCGCAUCCCCAAGAUUGGACCAUCACAGACCUGUUAUAUCAGACAGAAUACGGGAGUUACUCUUUGGGAUAUAUGAGGUCGCCUGUAGGACCUUGGUAUAAUGCGUCAGUCCAGUAUUGUCUCGCCGAAACGGCAGGAGAACACUGCACCGUCAAGAUCAGUACACCAUUACUUGGCACGGUGCUGCUCUGUAAUCUGAUCAAGGUGUUAUGUCUGGUAUGUGCACUUCUCGUCCGGGACUUUCACCCUAUGGCUACAGUUGGUGAUCUGAUCAACUCAUGCUUGGAUGACCCUGAUCCCCAUACUCAUGGACAAGGUCCUAUUGCCGCAGAAGACGUACGCAGCAGAGACAGGUUUUGCCAGAAUAAGCUUGUAUCCAGAAUUGGCCAAAAUAAGCUGGUGUCCAGAGUCGAGCAGAGUAAGCUGAUAUCCCGGCUUCUCAACGACUACAAAGAGUUAUACCCCAAGCAGUUCACGUCCUUGUCCAAUUACGAACAAAGAUGGAAGAAGGAAGUAUCUCGGUGGUGUCAAGCCUCAUCCAAGUCAAGCUGGGCCAUCUGUGUGGUUCUAUGCAUAUCUGCUUGGUCCUCUGGGGCAUAUCUUCUGGCCAGUGCCAUCAAAGCUCAUCAAAACAUUGAUGCUCAGACUUACACGCUCUCACGCAUGUGGCAAGAUGGUGUUGGUACAGUUUCGACUGACUCCCUUGUCAACUCUGCUCCUCGCGGUAGAUCGCUGCUCGAGAACGUCCUCCUGACCAAUACACCUCAACUCGCCAUCACCUUCGUUUAUAUCUGCUACAAUAAUUGCUUGACAAAAAUGCUGCUGGGACAAGAGUACUCAGGUUAUGCCAGGCAACGUAAGCCGUUGCGGGUGAGCAGACCUGAAGGGGUACAACGAAGCACGUAUAGACUGCAGCUGCCAUACCGUUACAGCAUACCACUUAUGACCACGAUGGCCGUGCUGCACUGGUUGGUGGCGCGCAGUAUAUUUCUCGUACAGAUCAAAGUCUUCGACUACGACGGAAUCGAAUUGGCAGACAGCAUUUCUGCUUGUGGCUACUCGGCCAUGGCCAUUGUGCUAUCGCUUUUCGUCUCUGGUAUCUUGAUCGUAGCAUUGUUGGCUAAUGGUGUGAGGAGGCUUGAAUCUGGUAUGCCUCUGGCAUCGAGUUGCAGUCUGGCUAUCACUGCGGCCUGCCACACGGGUCCAGGGGAUGAGGAUGCCAGGCUGUUGCCCCUAAAGUAUGGAGUCGUGAUAUCUGAGGAGUCGAAUAGCGACAGCGAGUACGAGCAUGUGUGUUUCAGUAGCAAGGAGGUCACGCCGUUGGUUGAAGGGCAUCUGUACAACUAG